AUGGCCUUGAAUCCAGAAGACCCCUUUGGUGGAUUCCAACAUGCUGAGGUGGUGGCCUUCAUUAACAGGAAGAUACGUGGGCACGUGAAAGGCCCUGAAUUCUACCUCGAGAAUAUGUCUCUGCCCUGGGAGGAAGUGGAGGAUAAGCUCAGGGGCAUCCUAGAAGACAGCGAUGUGCCAAGCGAUGCCAAAGAGGCGUGCGCCUGGGGCAGCCUGGCCCUGGGCAUAGGCUUUGCUUGCAGGCAGAGCCAGUUACAGGGGCGCAAAGUACAGUGGUUGCAGGAUUUCGCCAAGCUGCACAGGUCAAAGGCGCAGUCCCUGGCUGCAGACCUGAGGGAGCUCACUGUGCAGCAGGAACUGGAGCGCAAGGAGGCGGCUUUCCACCUACAGCUGCUCCAGAACUCCCUGGCAGAGCAGAACCAACUGAAGUGGAAGCUCCUCUUGUCUGAGAUGCAGCAUAUUACAGAGUCGGCCACUGAUGCUGAGGCUGGGACAGAAGGCAAAGUCAAGGAGAAGGAGGUGAAAAAGGUGGCAGUGGACACAGCAGGGCCAACACCGACGAUCACCACUGCGGCUGCUGCUGCCACCUCCCCUGCUACCAAUGCUGCCACCUCCCCUGCUACCAAUGAGACACAAAUACAGCUCUUUGAAGCUAGGGAGGAGACAAAAAACACCUCUGAAAGGAAGAGGGAGGGUAAGCUCAGGUCAGUGGAUACAAGCACUCUUUAUAUCUCUGGGGGUGUGAGGUCCAAGCCCACAUUGUCACUAGUACCCAUUACUGCCCAGCCCCCUGCCUCAUUUGCAUACUCUUUAACUUCAUUGCCUCGCCUACCCAUACCACUUCCACCAAUAGUAGCUCCACCUCAGAUGGCUCCCUUCUGGCCUGAAGCAGGGACCCGGGGAAUAAAUCCUCAAGAACCUCACAGAGGUAGGCGAGAUUUUGGAUUCCAUCAUCAGAGAGGGCCCAGGCCAGGGGAUUGGCAAUGUCCCUGGUGUAAAGCUAUGAAUUUUGCAUGGCGGGAUAUUUGCUUCCGUUGUGGAAGGGGAAUCUGGCUGCAAAACUUUCAUUAA